AAGAAGAUGGUGUCGAGGGCUGGCUACGGCAACGCCAGCAAAAGAGGUUUUGCCGUUGAAGGGGGUCAAGGUGUUGGAUAUGACUCGAGUGCUUGCUGGGAGGAGGAUAGGUGGGAAGAGACGGGAAUAGAUGGAAUGGAAAGAGCUUGGAUUGAGGAGGGAGAAGAAGAGCAUUACGAGAUGCUGGGUAUGACUGUGCAUGGAGUAAAAGAAGAGAUGGACGAAAUUGUGAUGUGGAUAAGAAAGAGUUGGUUGCAGAGGAAAGAGCAGGCAGAGCGGAUUCUGGCUUCGCAAGAAAAAGGGUUACAUGCUCACCAUCCUCAUGCAAAAGCAGAUCCAUACUGCACACAAAUGCUCGGCGACCUAGGCGCCGAAGUCAUCAAAAUCGAACACCCAUUCCGUGGCGACGACACACGAGCCUGGGGUCCCCCUUAUGCCGCCCACAUCUCACCCACCUCCACCCCAACCCAAAAGUCAUCCCCUGGAGAAUCAGCCUACUUUCUCUCCGUCAAUCGCAACAAAAAGUCUCUAGGAUUGUCCUUCCAAUCUCCUCUUGGUGUUGAGAUUCUUCACAAACUUGCUGCAGAGUGCGAUGUUCUUGUAGAGAAUUACCUGCCUGGUGCGCUGAAGAAAUAUAAGAUGGACUAUGAGACGUUGAGUAAAGUCAACCCAAAAUUGAUUUAUGCGAGUAUUACGGGAUAUGGGCAGACAGANGAAAUGGGUCUCAUGCACAUAACCGGCCACCGCGAUGCCCCUCCCGCAAAAGUGGGCGUUGCAGUCACAGAUCUGACCACAGGUCUCUACACCUCAAACUCCAUCCUCGCAUCCCUGAUCCAACGCGGCAUCACCGGCAAAGGCCAAUGGAUAGACGUCUCGCUGUCAGACUGCCAAGUCGCCACCCUCUCCAACCUCGCCUCUUCACACCUCAUCAGCGGCAAACCAGAUUCUGGACGCUGGGGCACAGCUCACCCUUCCAUUGUUCCCUACAAAGGGUUUGAGACUCAAGACGGUAGUAUCAUGCUGGGUGGCGGCAACGAUCGACUAUUCGGCGUGCUUUGCGAUCGCCUGCAAAAGAGCGAGUGGAAAGCCGACCCAAAAUUCGUUACUAAUGCGGACCGAGUCCAGAACAGAGAUUUGCUGGAAGAGCUGAUUACUACAGUCACCAAAACAAAGAGUACGCAGCAGUGGUUGGAUGUCUUUGAGGGCAGUGGGAUGCCCUAUGCAGCUGUCAAUGACAUUGAAGGCACCAUGAAGCAUGAACAUGUGUUGGCGAGAGAUAUGGUAAAAACCAUUGAGCAUCCUACCUGUGGGCCUAUCAAGCUUGUCAACACACCAGUCAAGUUUUCGGAGAGUACGCCGAGUAUUCGGUCUGCGCCGCCUACUUUGGGACAGCAUACGAGUGAGGUGUUGUUGCAGCUGGGAUAUACCGAGGAGCAGGUCCAGGAGUUCAAAAGUCAGGGUGUGGUCGCCUGA